AAGCGGCGGCCACCAGCGUGGAGUGCGGCAGCCUCCCGCCGCCGCGCAACGGGCGGGCCCGGCCGGCUGCAACCGCUUGAGGACUGCACCUGUCGGCCCGGCCGCCUCCCGCCUCCUCCUCCUCCCGCCGCCGUUAGGAGCAGCGCCCGGCCCCGCCGGCGCCAUGGCGGAGACCGAGGAGAGAAGCCUCGACGACUUCUUCGCCAAGCGGGACAAGAAGAAACGGAAGGAGAAGAGCGGCCGCAGUGCCGCCGCGGCUUCCACGGCCUCCAGCGCUUCCAGCGCCGCCUCCAACGCCGCCGGAGCGGCCGCUGCGGCCGGUGGACCCCGCCCGACCGACGGCGGCGGCUCGGGGGCGGCCGCCUCUAGCAGCGGCUCCGCCAAGAGCAAGGAGGAGGAUGACUGGAAGGAGUUUGAACAAAAAGAAGAAAUUGAUUAUAGCGGUCUUAGAGUUCAGUCCAUGCAAAUAAGUGAAAAAGAAGAUGAUGAAAGUGAAAAAAGAGAAGAACCUAGCGACAACUGGGAGGAAACCAGUGGUGCUGUAGACAGAUCAUCUGGUCCUUGGAACAAAUCAGCUCCUGCACCAGCGCCUGUUGUUGAAACAAUUGUUACAGAACCCCCAGAGCCAGUUCAAACUGGUGGUGUAUACAGGCCGCCCGGCGCCAGAGAGGGUGGCAGGCCACGGAGGGCACAGCAAGGACCACCUGAAAUCUAUAGUGAUACACAGUUUCCAUCACUGCAGUCUACUGCCAAGCUUGUAGACAGUCGAAAGGAUAAAGAAAUGGAGAAGAGCUUUGAAGUAGUAAAACACAAAACUAGAGGUAGGGAUGAGGUCUCAAAAAACCAGGCACUUAAACUUCAGCUAGACAACCAGUAUGCUGUGCUUGGGGAUCAGUAGAGCUGCAUACACAUUACAAUUAAGGAAUGCUUUUUUGGUAACCCUUCUACUAAGGUAACUAAACUACAGCUAACGGCUAUGAUGAACAUGCCACCUUAUUUCUGCUGGAUCUACUGCAGCAAGUGCAGAAUACUUUGACAUAAGUGAUCGGUUCUCCUGCGCUAUGGAAGCGUAUCGUACAACUUCUCCAUUGGAUAUGGGGCAGAUUAAUGUAAAUGAUUGAACGAGAGUCAUCGGUGUUCUUUAAUUGCUCAGAAAGAUACCUACAGCCAGUGGUCAUUUCAAAAUCUUUUUAUGUUCAGAUACUGAGCCUUCGUAAAGGUUGACUACCUCAGACUUGCUGCACUCAUUGUGGACACCAUGUGGAUCACAACUUCUGGAAGAGAAGGUUACAGCUGUUUUAGUGGCCAUCUGAAACUUGAAACCAGCUCUACUGGAUUCCUGUCAGAAAUCCUGCAGAAGUCAGCCAUUUGGUUCCAAUUUGCUAUAACAAAGAUUUAAGUGACCUUAACGAAAAACCUAUCCUCUUCCCCUUCCGAGGAAUCCUGUCAUGUGUAGCCAUAGCCUACCAGGGACUUCUGGAGCAUACCAUACCACCCGUGCUACCCAAGUAUAACACAGAGCUGUAGUUUGUUUACCUUUUUAGAUAGCUGUACUGAAGCAACAGUGAAACAAAUUAAAACUCAUUCAGUAUCAGAUUGGAGGAUUGAUGGGUUUGAAUGGUCUGUUUGUAUUAGCCAUUUUCACAGUUGUCUGUUUAAGCAUUUUUUUUCCUAUUUUCCACCAAAAAAUGCCUUCCUUGUUUCUGAUAUCAAAUUACAGUGUAUUUAAAUGACAGUGGAAUAUUAUAGUGAAAUAGGGUUUAUUUUGUUCCGUUUUUUAUCAUGAAGUUUGUUUUUCUCACCCUAAGGCACUAAGAGUUUUGAUUUGACACAGAGGUAUCCAGACUCCAACUAUAGUCUUUCAAAUUUGUCAUCUUUAAAAAAAAAAAAAUGUAAGAUACAUGGCAAUAGUAAUACCAGAUGAGAAUAAAUACAUUAUCCUUUGUUAAGAAUGGGUAUUUGUCUGUUAAAGGGCAGUGGUUACUUAAUAACCAAAAUAACUUGUUGUAUGGAGGGGUGACUUAUGCUUGAUAAGCCUUAGUUGCUUGACUAGUUUGGUGAAGCCUGCAGGCUUUUUGAGGCAGAAAUCCUCAAAGUCAAACUCAUAAAUGGUAUUUAAUAAAGUCAGAAUGUUGGGUAAGAACAGAAGGCAGUGACUACUUUGAGCCGUUGUCAUUUCUAAAUUAAUUUAGUGAAGGCAGGCAGAAUGGCACUGAUACAUUAAGAGUACAGGACAUUGCCUAUAACUGGUUCAGUCAGCAAAACCUGACGUGUACCAAAAGUGUUCUGCUGUAACUUUUUCUCUUCUUAUGCCAGAAGGAAAAUGAAGUACAAUGGUGGCAUGCUCCAGUGUUUAUGUUUCUGAGUAAAUGCCAAAAAAAAAAGACCCAACAUCUCUAAGUGUUGCCAAUGGCAAGAGAAACAAGGGAACAAACCAAAACUUGCUUGCUUGUGUGGGAGUACUGUGCAUUUGCAGAGGAUGAUGAUAGCGUGGGAAUUGCAUAGUUGGGUUCCUUUUGUCUAACUGCUGACUCGCUUUAAGUCUACUUCUCUGAGGCCAAUGGGAAUUUUGCUGUUGACUUUGGUGGGGCAGGGUUUCACCUGGUUCUUCUGCGCACAGACUAAAACUGGCUUUGUUCUUGCAAAGUUAAGUCUUUAAAACUUCUGCUAGAAGCUGCUACUAAAGAGAGGGCUCAAGAGACUUUUUAGUCAGAGACUUUGGAAACAACCCCGCUGAAAGACUGGUACCAAUACCUUGAGCUCUUAGCCAUGUAUCUUCCUUGAAAAUACCUUGUUGCCAGCAAAACUGUUGAUGUGUCACUCAAGAUUUCUGUGGAAUUCAUGGUAAAUGGACAUGUCGCUUCAAGUGGUAGAAAUGUGAAAUCUUAAAAACACUUUUCCUGAUUCUCUAAAGCGAUUGAAGUCGCCAAUGCACAUGAAUCAAGUUCUGAUCUCCUGUACGAAGGGUAGAUGAGACUGUCCAUUGUACCGUCUUUGAGUUUUUGGGCAUGACUUCUGGCGGUUUAAGAAACCCUGUAACAGCUUAAAAUGAAAUAAAAUGGAAAUAUACAUGGA